AUGGCCCACCACACGGCCGCCGCCCCCGCCGCGAACGCCAAAGGCGUCUCCAAGUCCUCCACCCUCUACGACGGCCGCACCGCCCCCCACUCCCUCCACGUCCUCGUCGUCGGCUGCGGCAUGGGCGGGCUCGCCGCCGCCCACUGCCUCGGCAAGGCCGGCCACCGUGUCACCCUGCUCGAGGCCGCGGCCGCCAUCGGCGAGGUCGGCGCCGGGAUCCAGGUGACCCCGAACCUCUCGCGUAUGCUCUGGCGGUGGGGCGCUGGGCCCACGCUCGAGGCCGUCGGCGUCCGCCCCGACGCGAUCGUCCUCCGCCGGUAUGCGACUGGGGAGCGUAUCGGGUACACGAGCUGGAAGGACAUGGAGGCGCGUUACGGCGCGCCGUACUACCACGUCCACCGCGCCGACCUCCACAAACUUCUCUUCGACCUCGCCGAGCCGUGGAUGACCCUUCGCCUUAACGCGGCCGUCGUCGCCGUCGACCCGGAGACCCCUUCGGUCACGCUUCAAAGUGGGGAGGUCAUCACUGGGGACCUCGUCGUCGGGGCGGACGGAAUCAAGAGCCUGUGCCAACAGGUCGUCCUCGGCUACACGAAUCCAGCUGACCCGACGGGCGACGCCGUGUACCGCGCGAUUGUGCCGUCGGAGCUGCUGCUCAACGACCCGGAGUUGCGAGAGUUCGUCGACGUCGCGGAGAUGACGGGGUGGAUGGGCCCGCGGCGGCAUAUCAUGGCCUACAACAUCCGCAGCAAGAAGGAGUACAACAUCGUGCUCGCCCACCCCGACGACGGCUCGGUCGAGUCCUGGACCGCCGAGGGCAGCGCGGACAAGAUGCGCGCCGAGUUCGCCGACUAUUGCCCGCAGAUGCACAAGAUCCUGGGCUUCGUCAAGUCGACGCUCAAGUGGCGCCUCAUGGACCGCAAGCCGCUCCCGACGUGGAUCCACCCCUCCUACAAGGUCGUCCUCCUCGGCGACGCCUGCCACCCGAUGCUCCCCUACCGCGCGCAGGGCGCGGCGAUGGCGGUGGAGGACGCCGCCGUGCUCGGCAGCCUCCUCUCGCGCCUCUCCUCGCCGUCGCAGCUGCCCGUGUUCCUGCGCGCGUACGAGGCGCUGCGCCUUCCGCGCACCGCGGAGACGCAGAACCAAUCCCGCCUGAACCAGCACACGUUCCACCUUCCGGACGGGCCCGCGCAAGAGGCGCGCGACGCGGACAUGCGCGCCGCGACCGCGCGGGAGCUCGAGCGGCUCCGUCAAGGCCGCGCCGUCGGCGAGGACGACCUCGGGCGGAGCGCGGGCGCGGCGAACCAGUGGGCGGACGAGCGCAAGAACGAGGAGCAGUUCCUGUACGACGCGGAUGCGGUCGCUGAGCAGUGGUGGCGCGAGACGGGAGCGGCGGCGCUCGCGAUGCCCGUGCAGGCGAGCAGCACGCCACUGUCGAGGUUGUGA